GUAACUACUUCCGGUUCACGUCUGCGUUUCGCGUGAGGAUGACGGAGUUUUACAGUAAGUCCCCAGUGUAACUCCAGCGCAAUGAGCCAGCGGUGUGUUUUAUUUACUGCUCGGUGUUUUGCCGGAGUUACUCGGUCACUACACACCACCACCAGCCUGUUCUGUUCAUCCAGAAAUAUUUCAUCACGACCAGCUGACCACCUUGUAAGGACAGCUAGUGUUUACAGACAGAAGGCCAUGUUCUCAGCAAGAGUUUGUGCCAUUACAGAAGAGUCAGACACAGUCAAGAGGCUGCAGCUGGAGGUCCUACAUCCUGAAUUUAGUUUCCGUGCUGGCCAGUGGGUGGACUUUUUCAUCCCUGGUGUGGAGAUAGUGGGUGGGUUUUCUGUGUGCUCCAGCCCCGGCCUUCUUCGUAGAAAACGAGUUAUAGAGCUUGCAGUGAAAUACACACAGCACCCACCUGCACACUGGAUACACACUGAGUGUACAUUAGGUUCGCAUGUGGAAGUGCGGGUUGGCGGGGAUUUUUACUUCGACCCCAUGCCAUCUGAUUGCACAGUGGACCUGCUUUUGGUGGCUGGUGGCGUUGGGAUCAACCCGCUUUACUCCAUCCUAAUGCACACUGCAGAUCUUCUCCGACUGCCAAAUGCAUACAUACCAGGACACACGCACCUCUGUUACAGUGCCAAGAACACAAAGGAGCUGCUGUUUAAAAACAGCAUCACUGAUCUCUGUUAUGAAUUUCCAGAUAAAUUCUCAUGUAACUUCCGAGUGACACAGCAAGAUUUUGAAAUUGAGUCGGCCCUCCAGCCUUACGUAGCUAGUGGAAAAAUAUCACUGGAGGUGCUUAGGCACCAUGUUAACCCUGGGCGCACAUUAUGUUAUUUGUGUGGGCCGCCGCCCAUGAUUGAGAGUGUGAGUACAGACCUGCAAAGUCUUGGCCUGUCUGUGGACAGAAUCCGUUAUGAGAAGUGGUGGUAGCUUUUCAGCUUAUCAAGUGCCUCUGUGACUUGAAAUGGACCAUCAGAAAACAUAAUUUUAUUGUUUAAUGCACAAUUUCAUAACUCCACGAACUGCACAACUUUACAAUAUAAUUUGCAAUAUAAUUUCCUUCUCUACAAACAUCUUACUUAAACAAUCACAAAUUAUGCUAAGCUCUUAUUUAGCUAUGUAUUUCCUGCAGGAACUAUCUGACCAUUUUGAUUCAUACACAUUCAAAUUCCAUACAAACGCGCUAUACAAAUAAAAUUGAAUAAAAUUGAAUUGUAUUUAUGGUCAUAUCAUGUUAUAUGAAAAAAUACUUCUUCAUAAAAAAAUGUUUUGCUACUGGAUUUAUUUAUUUUUGUCCUAAUAAAUAGAAUGUCUGACUGAAUAAGA